AUGGGGGAUUUAACAAAGACAAACCCUCAGCUAACCCCUGUGGAGAGCCUUAGGGCAGCCAUCCUCAUAGAAGAGGCCCUGAAACAGCUCUCCUUUGUAGGCAAACUGUCGAAGGAACAGAGGGCAAACAAAGACAGCAAAUUCGCGGCGUAUAGAGGUGAUGAGAUCAUCCGCAUCAUAGACGAGCAGCAGGAACUGCAGCAGCAGCAGCUGCAGCUAAUUCAAGAGACAGAGCAUCUGCAGGGCCUCAGCAACAAACAAGAGUAUAAGAAUUCAGAGGCGAAGCUGCAGCAAAUAUCUUCUCGGUUAAAAGAAACAAACAAAGAGCUAUGCAAAAACUUAAGACAAAACCCUAACUUGCAGGCGAAUCUAAUGAAGCUGCAGCGAGAGCGCCAGCGACUUGAAGAGUGGCUGACUCAAACUGCUGCUGAGCUGCGCUCUUCUUUUUCUUUCAAAGUUCUCCUCGCAAACAUUGCACAAGAAAGACAAUCGCAGGAAAGACUUAAUGAGGCGCGUCGGCGCAACCGGGAGGUGCAGCAGGCUGUGGAGUUGUUAGAGUCUGAGUUAAAGAAAGAAGCAGCAGAGUUUGCUGCGCUGCAGCGCUCUGCUGCUGCUGAAGCAACAGGAAUAAAAGAGAAGACACAAAAGUUUGCGAGACAAGCUUCAAUAAAAAUUGCAUAUAAAGAAACAGCUUUAGCAGAACAGCUGCACGGAGCUCUGCUGCUGCAGCAGCAGCAGGAGCUGCAGCAGCAAAAAGAAAUCGAACAAACAAAACAAAUCAUAGACAGGGAUGCCUUUGUGCAAGAAAAAACCCUAGAGUUCUUACAAACAAAUAUCAAACAGGCAUAA